AUCUAACCUUAAAAUGCCUCUUCGUCUCCACUUAAGACUUGCCCAACGAGAGCGAACCUAAGAGCCGGAGGUCCCUCCAAAGACCGAUUUUUAUCUGUCCUCCUCCUCCUCCUUUGUCUCUCCCCUCCCAAAUUGUUUCCACUCUUUUCUCGAUCCUUCUUCCUUGGCCUCGUCGGAAUUCGAGGUACAGCUCGUAGCCUCCUCCUCCCUUUGCAAGGCGGUAAGAAUGUCCGAAUUGGUCGGAGCGACCGGUGGUUUCUGAGAAUUGGGGGUUGUGAGGUCUUCCUGUUGAUGGGAGCCAGCGCCAACCCGUCGGGGAACACGGAUGGGGCCAACGGCGGCCCGUUACGCGCAGGCGGCGGUGAUGCGGGUGGAGGUGGCUCUUCGGUUCCUGGGAACCCUAGCAAUGGCACCACGCCUGGGCCGGCGCAGGCGCUGAAGCAUAACCCCGGGCUGUCAAUUGAGUGGUCCGCGGAGGAGCAGACCAUCUUGGAAGAAGGGCUUAGCAAAUAUGCAUCUGAAUCAAUUAUAGUGCGUUAUGCAAAAGUUGCCAUGGAACUAAGGGACAAGACAGUUCGUGAUGUGGCCUUGCGGUGCAGAUGGCUGUCUAAAAAGGAGAACAGUAAGAGAAGGAAAGAAGACCACAACUUGACAAGGAAAAGCAAAGAUAAGAAGGAGAAAAUUACAGAUUCUGCAAAAUCAUCAGGCCACCUUGGGACACGACCUAAUGUUCCUCCAUAUGCACUGCCCAUGCUUCCUGUGGAUGAAGAUGAUAUUUCAUAUAAAGCAAUUGGUGGUCGAACAGGAGAGCUUCUUGAGAAUAAUGCAGAGACCUUCACUAAAAUAUCAGCAAAUUUUGCUAACUUAAGGAUUCAGGAUAACAUCAAUCUAUUUUGCCAAACACGGGACAGCAUACUUGCAAUUUUGAAAGACUUGAAUGAUAUGCCUGAAAUAAUGAAGCAGAUGCCACCACUUCCAGUAAAGUUGAAUGAAGAACUUGCCAACUCUAUCCUGCCAAGGACAACCAUGCCUAUGCAGAAUUGACAGGAAAAAAGACCAACUUGAUCUGAAUCUACAUACAGUAGUUAUCUUAUCUAGUUUUCCUGUUUGUUGUAUAUUAUAUUUCUUAUGUUCUGAUGAUAUCCGAUGAUAAGUACAUAGUCGCUACAGACAACCUAUGCACCAUCAAGGAUACUGUAUCAGUUAUAUUAAAAACAGAUGCUAGUCAUUUUUGUAACAGAUGUUGAUUCGUCAGAUUAAUAUAGAGUGCAUAUGUAGUCCUUACUCCA